AUGUCACAAGAAGCAGAUUAUAGCAAUGCACCAACCAGUCCACGUCAUCCGGAUGCAGACCAAGAGGUCAAUGGUCUUCCAGAAGAAAGCAUAUCACAAAGUGAAUUAGAUCUAUUGGAUUUGAACCCAGACUUGGAAGCUGGAAAUGGACCAACUAGUGAAAUACCCAAUUCUCAAUCAGCUGGUAGAGUAAAGCUAGAGAAUGAUGCAAAUGUUGCAGCUGUAGAAGAAUUGGGAGAUAGAAUUGAAGAUUUCCAACCUGUAAUUGUGCCAUCUCCUUUAAAUGCUAAUGAACAAUCAAAUGAUACAACACCUAAAAGAAGAUUAUCAUUAUCACAACAAUCAAAAUUUAUCAAUUAUGUUGAUGAGAGAUUACUGGCUAUACAAAGAAGAUUUGUACAAGCUUUAGGAUUGAGUGAAUUAGGAUAUAAAUCUAUUAAUGAAUUGAUUGCAGAUCUUAAACAACUAAUAUCAUUUAUAUGGUUUUCAAUUGAUAAUGAUUCAAAUACACAUCUAACAAAAGACCAGUUCAAAGAAUUACCAUCUACAAACUUUGGACAAACUGAUUAUUUAAUAAGAAUAGCUGGUGAUUUAUUAGAAUAUAUUGAUAAAUUAGCUUUUGAGGAAGACUCUGGUGUGAAAAUACUAAAGUUGAUUGAUGAAGUGGAUCAAAAAAUAUCAAGACUUAUCGAUGGUAGAAUACCUGGUGGUAAAGGUCUCACGGGUACUGAUAUUGUAAGGAUUCAAGGUAUUGCUGAAAGAGCUAGAUUGGCCAUUAUUGAAGCAUUUGAAAAGAAAAAAAUUGAAGGAUAUCGUUAUGAAUUAACCAAAGUGUAUGAAAGGGUUCUUGAUCGUGUUAUUUAA